GGGAAUGUGGGCUGGAGUGGUCUCGCUGCGGGGCCGAGGUGCAGCAAGCCACUGGGUCGAUCCGUAGCGCCAUGGCCUACAUCCUCAAGAGGGGAUUAGAUUCUGAAUGUCUCAGCUGCUAACAGCCCCUCCCCACUUCCCCCAGAUGAAGAACAAGGAAGGAAUAAACUUCCCCUAAGGCAAUUUGUCAGAUCUACUUGGCACAGUGUGGCAUCCUUUCUGAGCUGAAGAAGUCUGUGUUUGUGGUGAGCUUCAUAGCCCUGUGCCUCCUGCUGUUAGCCAUGCGCCUUGUCCAUGACACAACUUUCCCUUUGCUGCUGAACUGCUUUGGACAACCUGAACCCAGAUGGAUCCCUCUGUCCUACACAUUCCGGCAGCCUCUUCGAACUCACUAUGGAUACAUAAAUGUGAGGACCCAAGAGCCUUUGCAACUGGACUGUUACCACUGCGCCAUUGUGUCAAAUUCAGGCCAGAUGGUUGGACAGAAGGUGGGUGAGGAGAUAGACCACUCGUCCUGCGUUUGGAGAAUGAACAAUGCCCCCACCAAGGGUUUUGAGGAGGAUGUUGGCCACGUGACAAUGGUUCGAGUCGUGUCACAUACCAGUGUCCCUCUUUUGCUAAAAAAUCCUGACUACUUUUUCAAGGAAGUGAGCACCACCAUUUAUGUUAUUUGGGGCCCUUUCCGCAACAUGAGGAAGGAUGGAAGCGGCAUCGUGUACAACAUGUUAAAGCAGACGGUUGAUGCCUAUCCAAACGCACAGAUCUACGUGACCACAGAGCAGCGGAUGAACUACUGCGACGGGGUUUUUAAGAAGGAAACCGGGAAAGACAGAGUCCAGUCUGGCGCCUAUCUCAGUACCGGGUGGUUUACCUUCCUCCUGGCCAUGGACGCCUGCCACAGCAUCCACGUCUACGGGAUGAUCAAUGACACCUACUGCACGACGGGAGGGUACAGGAAAGUCCCCUAUCAUUACUAUGAAGACGGAAAGGAUGAAUGCCACGAGUAUUUUCUGCACGAACGGGCCCCGUACGGGGGACACAGAUUCAUCACCGAGAAGAAAGUGUUUGCCAAGUGGGCUGAGAAGCACAGAAUAAUAUUCACACACCCAAACUGGACAGCGUCCUGAUGCUGUGCCGCCUGAUCUGACACU